UACUCCUUCAGUGUGUCUACGGUCAUCCAGCAAACACCCGGCUUCAUGAUCGGCUCAUUUUGGAACCUUUGUAGAGCGUGCCCAUCAAUGCCUGUAGAUAAGCUCCAUUCGGAAUAUAGAAGUACGUAUCGAUGGCACGAAUACACCGGAGGUCCUGAUGUCGUAAGAAAACCACCUGUGCCAAAUCAAUUCGCAGCCAGCUCGAAGGCGGAUCACUUUUUCUCGAAAUCAACGGAGGAUGAAAAGUUUAUCGAAGCCUCGAUCAACGAGCCGCCCUUGCCGAGAAGGAAAAAGUGCCCCGAGCUAGCGUACCGGACGAACGAGUUCUUGGCCGCACGGGGUAAAAAUGAAACCGUCGGGCAUGAUCGUACCGAUGCUGGAGCAACGACUCACACUAGAGCAAGGUCUGAAGAGCGUGGAACACCGUCGCGCCGCAGUAAAUCGGAAGGACCGCCGGCUGGCGUCGCUAACGGAAGGCUUCCGACCGGGACCGGAUAUGCGAACGGAACCAUCGAGCCGGUUUCGAACGCGGGCAGGGCACUGGAACAGGCGGGUGAGUCUUCUACUAGUGGACUAUUCAAAAAAACCAUUACCAAACUGAGCACGGAGUAUCGGCUCCAGUUCGUGUGGCCACACGUGCGGCGCGCGAUCAGGGGCGGCCCCGGGGCUGGUGCGCACGGCGCUGGUGGCGGGGACGGUGACGGUGCGGACACUAUCGAUGCACCCCCGCGCAAGUCCCUCUCCAUGGGCGCACUGAAGGCGGCCCAGAUCGGAGCCGCCGGUACCAUCGCUUCCGUACACAAAAAACGAACGACUAACGAGCGAGAAGCCACGGCCACGGAGCUUGAACCACUGGUCAACGAUUGCGAGCCGUCGAUGGAAAAGUCGCAGCAAACGAAUGAAAAACGAGGAGAGAUGGCUCGUGUUGUGGAGCAGAAGAUAAAGGCACUGCGCGUGGAGAAGGAAAAGUUUGGUUUCGAACCGGAGGUAAGUGAUGCGUCGCGGGCACAAGCAAGCUCUGGCAUCGAUAAUGCCUGGUACAAGGAGGUGCUGGAGCUGCGGAAGAAAGCUGGCGAAUACCGGAAUCGAGGCUGGGGAGUGGAAAUGAAUCCUGAUCUCUUUAACAAGCAGGUUGAGCUAUGGGACCAAGUGUCCCGUCGUAGUUCGCUGAGUGCGCUUUCGUUGGCAUCAAGCGUACGGCCAAUUACAAAAGAGGAAAAAGAGAAGGAAAACAACAAGAAGAGCUCUCCAACCAAACCGUUUGCCCGUGGUGCACGGGGUCCGGGUGGUGCACGACCGGUAGAACUUAACAAGGCAGCGCUGCCAGAUGGGCUCAACUUCUCUGCUGUAGCCCGCAGCCGUAAGGAUGCUAUUCGCCAUCAUUUGGAGCGCACGACUGGUCCGGACGUUGAGGAGGGUGCCCUGUUGCCUUCACCGACACGCGAAAAGCUGAUGCCGGCUAUUCCACGUUCGAAGGCCGACAGUCCGCAGCGGGGCAGUCCACAGAAGACGGCCCUAUCACGUCACGGCAGUCCACAAAAGGGAAGCCCACAGAAGAUAAGCCCGAAGAAAAUGUCCGGUAAGGGUCGCUCGCAAUCGGUUGGACCGACGGUAGCACCCGAUAGUACCGUGACAGUGGUUACCGGUGGAUCACCCAAACGUCAGAUCCGGUCGGGCAGCACGGUAGCUGCCUCGACCGCAUCAUCGGCAGCAAAAACGCACAAGAAAACGCCGACCUCGGCCACGGCGCCGACCAUCGCGCAAACCCAGCAACCGCACCAACCGGAACGAAGACCACGGCCGACAUCCCUUUCCACCACCACCAAUCACUCCCGCUCGAAGAGCAGCACCCUGCCCGCGAGCCGCCUCCAUCCUCCGCAUACCAGUAAUCUCACGAACCUCACCAACAACAAUCAUCUUCCCAAUGCAUCACCAUCAUCAUCCGCCGCCACCAUGGCCGCGUCCAUGAUCGCGUCCACAAACACCAGCACCCCCGCCGUCGCUAGUACCGCCGCCGCCCGCGCAAAGCUUACGCUUGCGACCGGCGGCACCAAGAGGCAGCCGCAGUCGGCCCGGUCGGUCAAACCGCCCACCAGUCUGGCAAGCGACUCCUCUGCCCCUUCGUCCGCGUCCAGCACGCUGAGGAAGAAGCAGAGGAUGGUCCCCGAGGGCGGUGUCGGUAGUGCCGGCGGCGGUGGUCGGGGCAGCUCCAGCGCCAGAUCGGUUGAUUCGGACAAAAAAUUACCCAUCGGAAGCGUUGAAGAUGCGGACAAGGAGAGUACUCCGUCUGUGGGACCAACCGUGGCUCCGCCGCCGGAAAUACUCGAGCAGAUAAUCAAGUCACCACCGGAACCGACACGCGUCAAGUCGCCGGAGCAAAUUAUUAUGCGUUCGCCCGAUCCGGUGAACUGGACUGUGCCGUUGGACACGGGCAAAACGUUCACUGUAACGCAGAAUGUGCGAGAGGGUGAUCCAAUGAUUCGUCCGCACAGCGAAAUUAAGGCAUCAACUCCAGUAGAACAACCGCCGCCACCACCGCAGUCGGCACCACCAGAGCUUUCUGAACAAUCGAAAAUGCCUAAUACUAAACUAGAACCGAGCUCGAUCAAGGAAUCGGAAGAUGAAGACGAUGAUUUGCCGCGCUCAAAAUCUUCCGUCGCUUCAUCGGUUAACCCCACUUCGAUAGCGAUUUCGGAACCGAUGACCGUUUCGCAUCCACCACAACCAUCUGCCGCACCAACUGUCGCAUCGUCCGUAUCAGGGGAUCCAAAAGACGAAGCAGCCGUUUCAACCAAUGCACCAUCAGUUCCAGCACCGGAACCGGUUCGCUAUGACAAACCCGUAGCCGGCUCAACCCUACGAUGUUUGGAUGAUCCAACGUUCGAGUCGGACAUCAAUUCGCCGCUAGCCAAUCGAAACGUUGCUGCGGAAGUGCUCGAUAAGGCACGCGAUCGUUUCGAUCGUUUCUGGGGCAACCCCAACGAAAAGCCGGAAGAAUCUUAA